AUUUCAUUCAUUAUUUGCUAUAAUCAUGAUAUUAUUAUUUUUUUUUUUUUUUAAAUGUAUAUGCCCCCUGAGGGCCCUUGAUUGGUGAAUAAAUAAAUAAAUAAAUAUAACACAUAUAUAAUAAGUAUAUAGUUAUUAUAUUAAUCAGAGACAAUGUGGUGAAAUCAGAGACAUAAAUAACAUAGUUAUAAAUAGUUAUUUAUGUCUCUGGUGAAAUGGACAAUGUUAUGCUAAUACAUGUUAAAUAUGUAAAUGACCUCUGACCUUGGUCCACUGCCCACCCCAAUACCUUGAGUUCCAGAGUAGUCAGUCCAGUCCCGUCCGCCUACCAGGCACCAGAGAAGCCAGUACGAUGAUCACAAUUUCACUAUCUGAUUCAUAAGAAACGACACAUGCAGUUGGAUCUGCCCAUCAGAUAAUUAUUUUUAAGAAAUUUCUCUUCGCUCAUGCAUUUUCUUUUAAAAGCUCAUGCAGUGCUUGCUGGUGCUUCAUGCUGGUGAGCUACACUUGCUUUUAUUUCUCAAGUGGUCUAUUGAAUCCCAUUUGGGCAAGUGGACCCUAACUGUUGACUUGCAUGAUGUUCUACCAGUACAUGCCACAGCCUUUAAGACACCGCUCUCAUAGGGUCAAGCAAGGAAGUUUUCUUAUGCAAAGGACUUUUACUAAAAGUCCCCUGUGGAAGAGUUGGUCAUCCUCAGGAGUUAGGAGUGCGAUAGAGGAGGUAGAGUGGACCUUAAAGGAUAAACAGGACCCAACGAAAGGGUCAAAACGCUUUAUGGUAGGUCGUGGCUAGAAGCUUGCUACAUGCUACAAGCUAGCGUGGUGAGCUUAUCAACGGAUAUACCCCUCAUGUCACCAUUUUGAAAGCAGAUGAAGAUUCCAAGUUGGAGGGAUACAUGGCAGGACCAUGCGAUAUCUGUAUAGGCACGCAACACAAAAACACAACACAAAAGUAACUAUUACAAAAGAGAAGCUGUAUUGUUGUGAUGGAUAUAAUUACUAUGAUGACAAUAUCACAGCUUGCAAUCAUGCAAUUUGUAAUAAAAAGAUAAAUCCCACGGGAGCCUGCACCCUGUCCUACAAGGAUGACAAGGUUCUGAAGCGUGACGGCUCAGUGGAGCGGAACAGUGGAGGCUCAUGUUCCUCCCCGGAGAAUUGCACCAACUGCAAUGAUGGUUUCUAUGGAGAUGGGCCAUACUGCAAAAUCUGUCCCCCAAUUGAUCACUGUAAUCAUCGACGUUGCUCAUCCACGUUAGAUAAUAUAUGCAUCUUUUGUGAUGGAGAGGUUGCGGAGAAGGAAUACUACAGAGCCUACACCCCCAUCCCCAGUGGAAAAGCAAAAUGUGAACAGGCUUGUUCCUGGAGAUCAGACAGUACUAGGUGUUUCCCGGGGACAUGUACGAAUGGCCUGGCCUCUAAGUGUCAGUGUUCUCCAGGCUUCACUGGGCACCACUGUGAACAGAUUGUUACGGAGGCAUCAAUAAUGGGGAAUGAGUGCAAAUUAGAGGACUCAUCAGGCAGUAUCCUAGCAAACCCUGCAGAUCUGAAAGAAGCCCCACCACAGCCCAUCAGAUGGACCAACAAUGUUACCUGGGAGAGGGCUGUCACUAAAUGGGAUGCUCUAUUACAACUUCCUGCUGCACCCCCAGAUCUCACCGGUCUGGACCAUUACGUCACAGAUUACAGAUUUGGAAUCAAGUUUGCUACCACAAAGCUACGACAAGUCAGGGGGGGAUCCAAGAUAGCUGAGCUGAUACAUAACUGUGAGAAUGUAUCUGAGGCUGCCCCUCUAUCAACAGCCUUCUCUUGUAAGAGAACCUUUGAAGACCUGAAGAAAUCACUACAAGGCUUCAAACACGAUGAUCAGUUGUUUUUCUCCCUACAAGCAACCAUUGGUGGUUAUGUGAAGGUAAAGAACAGAGAGGCAGGAAACAAGAUAGAGUACCACCCGUUUGUAGGAAAUACAACAGAGAGGGAGUUUGAAUACCACUGGGAUUUGGCUCUCCCGUACCACAACCUAGAGCAAGGGAUAAAUGAUCCCCAGUUCCUUAGUGUUCCAGAUUUGACUGAAUCUCCAACAGUUGAUAUGACUUGGGGUGGCUGGGCCGAUGAUUUGUCGGGACUACAAAAGUACCAAUAUGAAGUUUUUGAACUUGGACAUGAUGGGAGUGAGUUAUAUGAACAAAAAACAGUCAAAAGUCCAACAAAUAUAUCACUCAAUGCCACACAGGCCUUUUUUGAAUUGCCUCAUCCUGGAAUGUUUGCUAUUCAUUUCUCGGCAUUUGACAAAGCAGGAAACUACAAGACAAGCCGCAAAGUUCUCCUCUAUGAUAACAUUUCUGAGGUUACCUUCAAACCUGGCAAGGUCACAAGAGUCAUAACUGCCUCCUCAGAAACCAAUUAUGAAUGGGUCACUAAAAAUGCCCAAUAUGUGGAUAUUUUGUGGAAAGACAGAUUUCUGAAUCAUCGUCAUGAAAUCAAUAGGUGGCUGAACAAAGUUAAACAAAAUAAGGCAGUGAAAUCCAGAUAUGAUGAUCACUAUGGAGAAAGACAAGUAGAUCUGAUUCCCAAUGUUCAUGCUUGCGUGGAUUUCAAAGUAGCGUACAAUGUCACGGAUACAUCUGGCAUUGUGGAUUCUCAAGACUUCACUUCAGUGAGUUCCAUCUCGGCCCAGGGGAACCAGCUUAACUUGCCGUGGUCGGACGGUAACAAGCUGGAUGUGACUGUGCGAGCUAUCGACAUCCUGGGAAAAUACCUGGAUGAAUCGGUCACAGUGUACAGAGAUGCUACUCCUCCUCUCAUUGAAGACCUAUGGCUGACUAGAGGCGAUAGAUUGAAUGUCAGUGUACAUAGAGUCGAGGACUUCGCAGAAAUGACGAUUGAGUGGAUUGCCUAUGAUUACCACAGUGGUCUGGACAGUAUUAACUGGAGGCUGUUUGAUAAUUUCACAGGAGUAGACAUCAUACACGGUCAUGAAGACAUCCCUGUCCAAGGAAUGGCAAAUGAUACUGCAGCAUGUGAAUCCAAAUAUGGCAGUUAUGCAAGAGGGGCUAACUGCUAUGAAACUCCAUUCUGGGGGGCUUACCAUAAAAAUUUUCAAAUAAACCCUGCAAUCAAAACAAAUGGAGGACUAAAGGUUGGAAAAGACAAAGGACUGCAUGAUUCUGAUUACUACUUACAAGUUACAACUACAAACAAAGCUAAACUGACUACAGUGUUGUCCAAAAAGAUAACAAUUGAUACAUCCCCUCCUCACACGGGUGUGGUACAAGAUGGUGUCCCAGGGACAGAUGAAGUCGACUACCAGCAGGGUAUGACCCUGAAUGCUCAUUGGGAGGGCUUCUUCGACAGGGAGAGUGGGGUUCUGUUUUAUCAAUAUGGUUAUGACACAAAGCCACUUAGUGCUUCAGUGUUUUCUCUUGAGGCUAGUGGAAAUGGUCAGAUUUUUGAGACCUAUUCCCUGCAUGCUACCCAUACAGUCACCACAGAGGGGCAGUACUACAUCUGUGUGGUGGCCUAUAACCGAGCUCUGGAGCCUUCAAAGCCCAUAUGUUCUGACGGGGUGACUGUCACCACCGCAGUGCCAUCUGUGAAGGAAGUGAACAUAGAGGGAGCCACUACAACUGGGGGAUUAGUGACUGACACCACAAAUUCCAACUACUGGAUUGUCACCAAUAAUAGAUUCCGACAGCUGAUUAAAGAUCCAACAUCCGAUUGCAUCACCAAAGCAACAGUUGUUGCUGACCUAGAUCUGUUGCCCGUUGAGCACAAGAAGGGCGACGCCUUUGUGACGGUCAAUGGGAGUGUGUUCUGUGCGAAUUCUACAGGCUCACCCCCCUCCCUCAGUCCCACGCUGUCCAAGUCUUCCAUGCUAUUUGUGAGUUGGUUACCAGUAGACAACCCUGGCAGUGUACACGACUAUGAAGUCGGUUUCUCAUCUACCCCUGGAAGUCCCGCCUCAGACAUCAUGGCCUUCAGAAGCACCAAACAACACCCACAUAUUCACAUUUUCCACACUGAUGUGCCUGAUGGAACAGAGUUCCACAUUGUAAUAAAGACCAUCAGCAAAGCUAAUGUUGAAGGAAUUCAGUCAAUUGGUCCUUGCUUCAUGGACACCACACCCCCAGAAUUCACUGGACCAAUCAGUGUUGCCCAUACAAAUGGAUUCCUUGUUGCAUCAUGGGAUGGUGGGGCUUUUGCAGAUGCCCAGGAACCGUACAAAUUAGAUCUGAAGUUUGCAAUAGGUCAUUCCCCUGGUCACACAGAUGUACAGAGCUACACCCCCCUACAGAGUGGUGGAUCCUGUGUGGUGGGGGAUCAUCCCACCUGUACAGCCAUCGCUAUUUCUGGCACGGAGUGGCGACUCCACGGCCAUCAGACGUAUUAUGUUACCAUCAAGGCAGAGAAUUCGGCAGGCCUGUCCACCUUCGCUGUGUCGGAGCCUUACAUUCAUGAUGUACAGCUGGCUUCUGAGGGACUCGUGUUUGACAUCGAGGCAACUACACUGAAUCAACUUGCCUUUCCUAACAUGGAGGAUGUGGAUUUUAUCACAAUAAAGGAUAGUCUCACAGCACACUGGGAGGGGUUCUCCCACCCCCAUCUGAAUGUGACCUACAAGUUCCAGGCAGGAACCACCCCCGGUGGUGCAGAUGUAGUGUCCCCUGUAGAGGUGGGGACACUGGACUCGUACUCUGCUGCGGGUCUUAGUUUGGAAACAUUCAAGACUUACUAUGUAACAGUAACAGCAGUGACCUUGGCAGGAAGUGUGACCUUGACCUCUGAUGGGGUCACAGUGGUACAGGAUGGAGCUGUGUUGUCAGGUAUCACUGUACAGGACGGGGAACCCUGCAACAUGACAGUUGAUGAUGGGACCCGUUUUAAACACCAUUUUGAGGACAACAGGAUGAGAUGUGGGGAUGACAUUGACUAUCAGGCCUCCACCAAUACACUGAAGGCUUACUGGGGGGUUCCUAGUGAUAUGGAUUAUUACACUCCAGAUACACACUUUGCUAUAGAAGAAAUGUCCCUUUCUGGAAUGUGGACCACAUUAAGGGAGUAUGAACAUAUUCGUGAUCACAGUGAAGCCAAAGUUACAGAUCUAGAUUUAAAGCCAGGGAGAAUGUAUAGAGUGGCUGUCAAACUCUGCGCCAUUACCACAUGUUAUGCUCCUCUGUACAGUGAUGGUGUGUUGGUAUUGGCCAACCCUCCCACCCAAGGGAAGAUAACUGUGGAACAUCAUAACACAACCCAGAGUGGAGGCUCUACAGAAAAGAUUGCGGUGAACAUGGAUAAGUUCUAUGACCCAGACAUUGUAGAUGAAGCAGAAAAGUAUGCUGUGAUAGAUAAAUAUGAGUGGGCCAUUACAGACAAUGCCCACAUUGGGAGAACUCACACAAUCUGGACGGAGGUUACAGGGGUCACAGAGACUCUGGCUGGGAAAGGGAUGCAAUUUGAUGUGGAACUGGAAGGGGAGUUUGACUUCUCCAAAUGCCGGCGGUUGGCUGUUUGUGGAUACAACAAGGCCAAGCUGUUUUCGUCAGUGUCUGUGGACAUCAAGGACUGUAAAGCAUUUGAUCCUAUUCUAAUCAAGCCUAAACAUGUACUGGAUGCUGUGGGCAAGCCAGAUGGAGACAGAGAUGGGUAUGGACUACCAGUUUAUCUGGAGAAGAAUGCUCGCUGGGAAGAACCAGACAAAGAUUACACGCCCAACAAGAACUACCUGUCAGCCGUGUGGCCACAGCUGAGAUACCGUGCCUACGUGGUGGCUGUACUGAACACCAGAAGCAUGGACUCCACCACCUACUAUCAACAGACCAACUCCUUGUCUCUGCCUGAUCCUUGUAGCCACCCAGACGCCAUUAAAUGUACCACAGUGGAAGGACACGAAUUUGUGAACUUCAAAUUUGAGCCUGGGGAGUUGAUCCAUGGUCAGAGAUACAAAAUCUGCAUCCACACAGAGUACACAGAGAUCAAGUUUGAGGAGUGGACACAAGUCUUACCUGAACUGAACACCUGUACUGAUGGAGUGGUGGUAGAUCUUACCUCCCCUACCCCAGGGAAGGUGUGGAUCGGCAAUGUUGAAGGGACAGGGUAUCAGACAUCCACAACAGAUAUGUACGUCAACUGGGAAACUUUUUUAGAUGUAGAGUCACUGACUGUCAUAUCACACUCUUCAGGCAUUCAGGACUAUCAACUUGGCAUAGGAACCGCUGUGGGAGGAAAUGAUGUGGUGGCUUUCCACAGUGUUGGGGUGGUGAACCAUGCGGUGCUACAUGGUCUAUUUCUACAAAGUGGACACACAUAUUAUGCCACGAUUAAAGCUAUGGAUUAUGCUGGGAGAAUGACCAUUGUAACCUCUGACCCAGUUGUCUUGGAUACAACUCCUCCAAAGAAGUCUGAUGACCCCAUUACAAUAUCAGGAAGACAUAUUGUCUCUAACUCCGAAAUAGAGGCUUGCUGGAAGAAGGUGUUUGUAGACCCAGAGAGCACUGUGGACUAUUACAUGUGGUCCAUUGGUUCACAGCCCGGGUAUGAUGAUAUCAUGGAGUUUACACGGGAAGAGACUGAGUGUGGAGAAAACAGCAAGCUCAAUCCACUAGAUCUGAAAGAGGGCCAUUCCUACUACAUUUCUGUCAAGGCAAUAAAUAAGGCAGGACUGAUGUCAUUAGCCACCUCCUGGGCCUACAUUGUUGACCUUUCACCUCCAAUAGCUGGCCAUAUCUAUGACGGGGUGCCAGGCUCUGAACUAGCAGAUAUUGAUUUCCAGACAGACAUGUCUGCCUUAUAUGUGUACUGGGAGGGAUUCCAUGACCCCCAUUCCCCCAUUAAAGAGUACUACAUCAGCGUUGGUACUUGUCCUUCUUGUGAUGAUGUCAUUGGUAGACAAGGUAUCGGGAUUGUCAGCUCCUUCAAGCUGGAUCAUGUCCACUUUGGUGUGGGACUGACCUAUUACACCUCACUGACCGCGUGUAACACUGCUGACUACUGCACCACUGUGAUGACUGAUGGAGUGAUGAUGGACAACAGUCCCCCCAGUGUGGGACUGGUGAUGGAUGGAACCAGGGAGCACGAUACAGAGUACCAGUCCAUCAGGACAUACUUUGGAGCCAAGUGGCACGGCUUUGUGGACCCCCAGUCUGGUCUUGACCACUAUGUCUGGUGGGCAGGGACCACUGUGGGAGGAGAUGAUAUCCUCUCCCCCCAGAAACUCCACCUGACCACCACUGCUGCUGUGUUCAACUUGUCCUCGGAACUGCCUGUUGGAAAGCGAGUCUAUGUUACUGUCAGGGCUUAUAACAAAGCUGGGUUGUAUACAGACUCCACUUCCAAUGGCUUCCUGAUUGACACAACUGCUCCCGUCAUAUCUAGUGGUCCUCAGUUUGCCUCGUCCUUCAGUCUCGUACCAGGUACACAGUUCUACAGGACACUGAUGAAGGUGGAAUGGUCAGUGAAUGAUGCUGAAUCACACAUUGAGAGACAGUAUCUCUCCAUUAAGUCUCACAUGGGUGGAGAGUUUGAUUUGGCAUCUACAAAGGUAAAUGGAAUAGCCAGGGAUUUCAUCUUGACUGGUUUGAAGUUACAUGAUGGUGUGACUUAUUAUGUUAACCUUAUCUCCUGUAAUGGUGCUCAGAUCUGCACUACUGCUACAACCAGUGGUAUUAUGGUAGAUACCACUCCACCAUCCAGAGGAAUGUUUGCGGUGAGAACAGACCACGCUGCCAACUUGAGCCGACACAGUGACGCCUGGAUGACGUGGGAGAAGACAGCCGUCAAUUUGGCCUGGUUAGGAUUCGUUGACCUUCACUCUCUGAUCUCCCACUACUACAUCAAUGUGGGCUCAACCUUCAUGGGCACUGACCUCAAUGAGGAGCCAGGUACACCUGCUCGAGUAGAAUACACAAAAUCUGGUGAGGAUAAGUAUGAUGAGGGGAUUGUACAGACAGCUAAGGUGAAGACCAGUAACUAUGAUGCCAACCAGAAGUUUGUAUACAUCACCAUGUGGGCAGUUAACAAGGUGGGGUUGGAAAGUGCCAUAAUUCACUUUCAGUUUGAGAAAAUUCCAGGUGGUGACCUGUCCUUGACCAGGCGAUGUGUGGCCUUCACCUGUGAAGGUCAUUGUGUGUGUGCACCGCAGGACAAAUUGUGUCAUCCCUCAGGAACCGCUUGUCAGAAUGUUUCAUCUAGUAAUCAGAACAACAUAUUACAAGUGUAUGAUGUAGCAGGAAGUGGGACAGAGGAUGUAGACUACACUCCAUCCAAUGUGGUGCUACAGGGACGCUGGGCUAUAGUCAACAACUUUGGAGAUGCUCCAGAUUGGUACCAGUGGAGUGUGGGGUACACUGAAAAACCCUCCCCAGAGGGUGUCUUUAAUCAGGCCACAGAGAGGAUCUGGCAUGAUGCGGGACAGAAUUUGAAGCAAAUCUACCAGACUGAACAAGGGGUUUACUUGAAGGAGACAGUCAAAUAUUCCUUUUUUGUAAAAGUUUGGUAUGAUGAAAACACCUUUGCAAUUUUUAAAUCCGAUGGUGUGACUAUUGCAACUCAGAGACCUUUUGUCACAAACAUAUUAGGCAGUGCUGUAAGAGAAAAAAUGUUAGGAAGCAGUUUUGUAGAUCAAGACUUCAUGAAAGGAGGCUAUCCCUUCAGUGUUGAAUGGAAGAACAAGUUUCUGGAUGCUGAGAAUGCAAUUAAGACAUUCCAUCUGUACAUCAGCACAUAUCCAGGAGGACAUGACAUCAUGGACAUUGGAGAGGACCUUCCAGGAACACAGACCUCAUUUGAUGUGAUGAGGUCCUCUGUCCUCCUGCCAGGAAUCACCUACUAUAGUAAUGUCCAGGCUUACGGAUUCUCGGAUAUCCAUCACACCAAGUCAUCCGACGGAUUCAAGCCAGACAAACACAAGCCUGUGGAGGGAAUAGUGUUUGAUGGAAUAGGCUUGCAUGACUGGGAGUUCCAGAAUAAGUCGGACAUAGUUGCGGCUCACUGGCACGGGUUUUCAGACAUUGGGUCGGGAGUCAGAGUCUACUACUGGUGUGUAGGAUCCACCCCUCAAGUCACAAGAAAGCAUGCUGACGUGGAGUGUGGACAUGUUGGGUGGGAGGCAGUAGGGCUACACACCUCAGUCUCCAGGACUCUGACCACUUCCCUCAACCACAGUAACACAUACUACAACAAGGUGUAUGCUGUGGACAAUGUUGGUUACAAGUCCACUGUGGUUGUCUCUGAUGGAGUCACUAUAGAUACUACUCCCCCGGAACCACAAUAUCUCUUCCACUCAGGUAGCAACAUUCUAAACAAUCCAUCUUUUGAGACAUCCCCUAAUGUGUUGCAGUCAGGUGAUGUGAAUGCCACCAACAUUUGUAAUGAGAGUGUGGACUAUCAGCCAAGCGGCUGGAAUUUGUCCAGUGGAGGGUGUGCUGCAGUGGUAUCUUCCAACAAGAAUUUGGCCAGGAAUGGGCGCUCCGUCUUGUUUGUCAGGGGUAGUGUGAGUCAGACUCUGAGUGGUCUUAUUGUUGGAGGGUUGUACCGAGUCAGUUUCUUCUCCAGUCACCUGUCCAUCAGCAGUUCUACACAGUCCAACAAGGAAGUCUUUGUUCAGGUAAACAACAAAAAGCAUGUGUUUCUGAUCUACACCAAGGCCUACAGAGGAGAUGGGGGACAGUCUACAGCCAGGGAGGAGAUUUCUUGGCACAAACACACCUUCUACUUUGUGGCCAGGGAAGGGACUGCCGUGUUUGAACUGGGAAGUGUGGAUGACAGGACUGGGAUCCAUGUGGAUAAUGUAGUGGUGGAGCAUGUGGAGAGGGAUCAGAACAAUGGAACAAGUGGAUUACAUGUACAGGCCCAUGUAGUGUACCUCCAUGAGUGGGGAUCAGUUCAUGGAUCCUGGAGCUUUAUUGAGGAUGUCAGUUCCAUCACAGAGUACCUGUGGGCUAUUGGAUACACCAGAGGAGGGACACAGUUGCAGAAUUUCCAGAGUGUAGGAUUGUCAAACUUUGCAUACAAUGCCAUGGUAUCCUUGACCCAUAAUUCCUACAUCUAUGUCACAGCUAUCGCCAAAAACUCUGCUGGUUUACAGGGCGUUUCCUACUCGGAUAAAAUUCUUGUGGAUCUAACUCCACCAAAUAUCGAAGAAGUUUUAGAUGGGGAUUUCUUAGGAGAGGAUCUGGAUUCGUGGAAGGAGAGCACAGUUUAUGUCAACUGGAAGGUCACUGAUGAUGAAUCCGGUUUGGAUUACUGUGAAUGGGCAAUAGGGUACCAGCCAAAAGGCACUGAAGUUCAGAGAUUUGAGAGAAUUACUACUAGUGAUGGAAGAGCAUAUAAAGACUUUGAUGCCAGCGUUCUCCAGGGGAAAACGGUGUACUCCACUUUACAGUGUCAGAACAAGGCUGGACUGAUCUCUAGUUCAUCGUCUGAUGGUGUGAUCAUUUAUGACCAGCCCCCCUCCAUGGCCUCGGCUGUCAUCAGGACCCUACCCCUGUCACUGACCGAGUACCCAGCCCUUGAUUAUUAUCAGAGCGUGACCAACAACCUGAAGAUUGUGUGGAGCGGGGUGGAAGACAAAAUUGGUGUGCAGCAGUACAAGCUUUCCAUCAGCAGCAACCAGUACAGUCUGGAUGGAGAAGGGCUGACAUUUUCUGAUGCCCAGGAGAUCCUGUUUGCCAACAUAGGGAAUGUGGAGCUAGGACAAGGGCAGAUAAAUGUGACCCUACAGGCGAUUAACAAACUACUGGAGCGUAGCUUGCCUCUACACUUUAACCUUACUGUGGAGUCUGGCAACCCUGUCAAAGAUGCUUCUAAGGAAUUGUCCAUGACAUGGAGAGGCAGCGACAAGGAAUUUGAUGUCUCAUGGGACAGUAUUUUUAGUUCCCAGCAUCCUCUGCGGUUUGAGGUAUCUGCAGGAACAGCUCAGGGAGGAAGUGAUAUCGUCCAAUGGCAGGAGACACUGUCUACACGGGUUACAUUCCGUCUACCUGACUCAAUCACCAGUAUGUCUCGCCUAAAGGCGUACAUGAUUGUCCGAGCCAUCGCAGCAGGUGGAGGUUAUACCGAUAUUACGGGGAUCAUCAUCCUUCCAGCUUGAGAUCGAACGUCAGAUGGAUGAUGUCAUCAAGAUGUUAGGUCAAAAUUCCCACUGAAGAUUUCUUUCAGGAAGAUGUAGUUAUUCAACCUUUCAAUGAAAGUAUUUUCUGUUAUGUUUUAUUUAGCUAACAAGUAUUGUUCUAACUUUAUUGAUUUAUAUUUUAUACUAUACUGUGGUGAUUUUAUACAAAGGUUUAUCCCCCCCCCCCCUUUGUUGUUAUUUCUUUGAAUCAGUUCUUCCGUCCAAUAUUUUUUAAUGAAUAAAAUGUCACAAGAACUUUGCAUCAAAUUUAGUUCUUGAAUUAUCAAUAUGUAUAGAAAUUUAACCACACUCUCCAGUAUUUGAUAUCCUAUGCAAUCUGUGAUAUUUUUAUGUAGUUUGAAUACAAUAAACUUUUAUAGACUUUUA